CUCAAAACCAUUAUGCAUUUCUACCAUGCGCGUGACAAAGUCCUGCAUGUGGGAGGCUGGACAACUUAUAAAUUUGAAUCGGCGUCUUGCACCAACUCAACUGUCGUCAAGAGGGUAUAGUAUGGGUACGGUAUUGAAAGCAAUAUUUCCCGGCAACUCUUUCUUGCCAUUCAUCUACACUGCGACAUCUCAUGUUCGAGUGCUGGAUUCCUUUCUUGCCUUGGGCAUUCACAUCGGGUAUUUCCUCAUCCUACCUGUUCAGGCUCUUCUUUUUUGCUUCUUGCUUUUUCCGUCUGCUCCUUUAGCUGUGCAGCUUACACGUAGGUACCUUCGUAUCGCUUGAUCAUCUCAUGGUAUUGGCAAUUGCAAGGGCAUUGUUCAUGGACUAGGAGAUGGGGACGCCUUUGUCGGUUCUCUUUGUUGUAGGCUCAUGUCCAGAAGGUAUCUUCUCGUCUGCCCAUCCAACCCUUCUCUUGCUUUCUUGAUAAUCUUCUUGCCGC